AUUCAACUACCCAUAGAAAAAAAAAACAAAAUAACCACAGUAUGAACAUGAGCAUGCUUGUACUUGUUGUUGUUUGUUCCAUAGCUGCGCCAGGACGUCGAUGCGCUGCCUCAGCUGUGGCUUUCACGCCUGCAGGAGAUGCGCGGGCGGCGACGUGAAAGCCACAGGGCACGCCGCGGGCUGUGUGCUGUUCGAAGUGGCGAAGAGCGAGGUGGUCGCGCUGCUCUGCCGCAAGUGCGGGCUGGAGGUUUGCAUGCAUUGCCACGAAUUGGCCCACCCUGCGAUCCCUUCGCGCAGCGUUGCCAGACGGCUUCGCGUGGAGGCCGAAGGUUCCGCCGAGUCCCGGGCUGCGCAGCUGGCGGCACAACUGGGAGCACUCCUGCACUCCGUUCGUCACCAGUGUCCGCACUGUCGCGCCCGGGUAGACAAAGCAGAGGGGUGCGAUCGCAUCAAGUGCGGGGCCGGUGCUGGUCUGCCGCCCUGCUUGCUUCUCGGCCCUAGGGCCUACAUUUGUGCGCGUGAGGCUGUGGGCGCGCAGGUGCCUACGGCGCUUGCUUCCACUAUGUAUGUCGCGAAAAAGCUAAGCGAGCAGUCACACAUCUUCGGUUAAGGUAGAAGGCACUGCCAUGCGAAUCUAUGCGCUCGCGCUCGCCCUCAUGUUUUGCAGAGCUAAGGGAAAUAAUUCGAAGGGGGGCUGGUUGGCGUGUUUUUUUGUCAGCGCGAGUAUAUAGCUAAGCCGCCUCGACCUCGUUGCUUGUCGUUCUCGUCCUUCAUGAGUUCCAUUUUAGUGAUAGUGAUGCUCGUGGCGCUUUUUUGUUCCAUACACGACGAGGAUUGGGAGGCCAUGGCGUGACGGGUUGCGCGAACUGUCCGCCGUUCCAAGCCUGCGCUUGCUGCGCGGCCGGGGAUAGCCGAAAGCAUUUUGCGGGGUGCGUUCUUUUCAAAGUGGCCGCUCUGCCGCCCGCCUCGCAGCUAGCUUCGCCCGAUGAUGCCCCACGGAGCUCGCAGAGAGCGGUCGAAGCCUUGGCGCGCCUAUUUUGCGGUCAUUCCCAUUCGCGCCGGGCCAAGAAUCGCGCCAGGCGGCGCAUAGUCGUGUGAUUGACAAAUAUUACCAGCACGCACGCUGCUGUGUCAUUGUGUGGCUUUUUCCUGCGAUGCCUACUGCUAACAAGAAG